AUGUACGUGAUUGGAUUCAUGUGCACUUUAGCUGCAUCCGCAGGGUACGGAUUGAUCCUUUCGCUUACACAACUAGCUUCCAAGAAGGUUGUGAAGAGUGAGAGUUUUAAAGCUGUUAUGGAUAUGAUAAUAUAUCAGUCACUGGUAGCUACUUGUGUUCCUCUAGUAGGAAUUUUUGCAAGUGGAAAGUGGAAUUGUAUAGAGAAAGAAAUGGAAGAGUAUGAGUUGGGGAAAGCAUUCACAGCAAUAGGUUGGCAAGUUUUUAAUAUUGGUUGUGUUGGACUUAUUUUUGAGAUUUCAUCUCUAUUUUCGAAUGCUAUAAGUGUUGUGGGUUUGCCUAUUGUUCCUAUACUAGCUGUGGUUUUCUUUCAAGACAAAAUGCAUGGGAUUAAAGCCAUAUCUAUGGUGCUAGCUGUUUGGGGGUUUAUAUCUUAUAUCUUUCAGCAGUAUUUGGAUGAAAGAAACGGCUAUGCAGAAAAGAGAAACACUCGUCGCGUUACACAAGGUACUUCACCUGUAGAAAUGGAUGAUUGUGGACACAGGUUAACCCAAUAA